AUUCUAACCAAUAAAUGUUUGUUCAGCUAACUCUGUGUUCAUAUAAGCUUUGACGUUUAUCAAUACUACCACUUGUCAUAAGAUACGGCGAUCUGUCAAGCGAAAUUUAUUUGUAUACGUAUUUGUUUUGACUUUUAUUUUUAGAAAAAACGAAACAUUUUUUUAUUUCCAUUUAUUGCACAAAAAAUUAAUUUUACCAAAUUUAAAAUUGUAAAAGAGGUUUGUGUCAAAGUAGUGUUGAUCCUAUUGUGAUGCUAACGAUCUACUUCAGAACGGAACAAAGAAUCGAACGCCGAGCCUAGAAUAAGUAAAAUAAUAAAUCGAAUAUCAAAGUUUAAAAAAAAAACUUCAGCAAAAAUAAUCAUGAGCUCAUUAAAGCAGAGAUAUGAACGAUUUGCUGAUUUUAUGCAGCAUAACACCAAGGGUGUUGAGAUUGGCAUUUAUUCCAUCUCAGGAGCUUUGUUCGCGGUCUCUUAUUACAAAAUACGCCCGAUCACGAAAUUUACUCGUUCAAAGGACAUCCCGAAACACUUCAUCACAAAGAAAAUUUCCCAAAAAGGUAAAAUCAAAGCCAUCGAACCAAAUCAACAAGCAGGUGCAUUAUUGCGCAUCGAUCACAAACCUCCAUUGAAUCUUUUUCAUUUUUCGCAAAAGACACUUCCAGUUAAGAUAUUUGGAGUGGAUAUCAACGGGAACGGUUAUUCUUGGCUGCAGUCGGUCACCUUAAAUCACAAGGUUAAAUUUCUGCCAAUUAGUAAGGGUAAUGCCAAUUUUGCAGAAUGCCAAGUUUCACUUCUUCAAGAUCCGGCUUUAAAUGCAAAGCCUUCAAUUGACCUGGCUGAGUCGCUGAUCAGUCUUGGAUUUGCGAAAACCAACUCUCAGCUGGGUAUCAGCUCAGCCGAUGCACAGCUUAAGAGCUACUUAAAGAAAUUGCAGGCCGCACAAGCUAAAGCAUGCAACCGUGGACUACCCUGGCCAAUAAAUCUUCUUACAUCCAAUAUUUCACGGUUGAUCUACAAAAAACUAUUUCCACCUAAAUAUCGUUUGCCCGAAUUGGUUCGAUAAAUUGUAUUGAAUUAUUUUAUCUAUUUUUUUUGUCACAUAAUGCGCAUUUUUGUUUCAUGGAAUUUCACUAUGCCUGAUGAAUAGCUAAAAGAAAGUUGUGAAUAAAGAAAGAAGUUCAAAUUUUUCGUAUUGAAAAAAAGGA